CGCAGGACUUAUGACGUCACUUCCGACACAUGAAACCGCCCUAUCUACUGCACCAUGGGUUAAGGCAUUUCCAUAGUUGCUUGAGACCAUCCGAAUGCACAAGACAGAAAGGAAGCCAUGGCCUCCAAGACUUAUCCACACAGUGCUUUUGAAGGCCUGCGUCCAUUUUGCAUUCAGCUGACAGUGGAGCAGACUGUGCAGAACGUAAAAAACUUGCGAACACAGAUUUCUUCUACAGAUGUCUCCGCUCUACAAGAUCUUCUAGACUAUGUUCUUUUCCCUCUACGUUUCACCCUUAAGACCUCCGGCCCAAAAAAGCCUGGACUGGUGCAGGCUGUUCUUGACUGUAUUACCCACAUUCUCUCCCUCACUCAUUUAAGAAGCCCCGUCUCCUUACAGGAGAUGUUUAGUGAGUUGUGUAGCUGUCUCCCUCCAGACCCACUUCAGCCGGUGCCCGAGGAGCUGAAAUUAGCGGUCGUGUUAGCAGUACAGUCUCUUCUCAGAUCUUCUGGCGCGGAUGUCCUCUGUGUGCUGUACAAACCACCCAUGCUUCCUGAGAUGGGAUUCAUCAUUACCCUGCUGCUAAGACUUGCAGAAUCAGAGAAGUCACGUGAGAUCCGACUGGAAGCCUUGAACUGUUUGGAGAGAUUGCUAAGUCCUGACCUCAAGCAGGACACCAGCCUGGGCGAUCUGUUUGCUUCGUUCCUUCCCGGAGUGUGUACAGUAUUAACAAGGAUUAUCUGUGGGGACCCCAAACAAGGAUACAGGAUAACAACCGGUGCAGUCAAGCUGUGGGCUGGGGCAGUCAGUACAGUAAUGUCUGAUGAAAGUCUUGCACAAGUGCCGGAAAAGAAGCUCAUAUACCCUGGAUUGUCUGGACGUGUGGCAGAACUUAUGGUGCAUAGAGAUAGGGCUUGGGUAAAACACUCUGCUAGCCGUUUAGUAAUACAUCUAGAAAAAAUCACAAAGCGUUGCAUGGCUGACCCUCACUGGAAGGUGCGACUGGCACUUGUGGACUUGGCCCAUCUUUUGCACACCCAAUGCUGGAAUUCAUUAGCUGAGGCAGCAGGGAACCUUCUACGAAUACUAGUGGGUCAUAUGAGUGAUAAUAGACCUGAGGUCAAGGCUAGGGCUCGUGAGGUUCUGCUGGAGGUUUCUAAAGAUGGGCCAGCUUCUAGAACUCUGGGAGAGGUGCUGUCAGAAAGCCUCCAUUCACUAGCUGUAACUCUUCCAAGACUGCUGAGUUCUCAGGAUGACCAAGGCAAGCUACACACAUUAGCACUUCUUCUAGGAUAUCUGCAGCUUCUUGGUCCCAGACUUUACUUCACCCUGCACUCUCCAGCUCACCUCCAACGCCUUUCAUCUGCUCUCCUGCAGACGCUACAGUUAGACUUAGGCUCAGUUAAGGUCAUGGAAGAAAGGCUUUCCUUCUUGGUUGGAACUCUCAACCAGCAAGACCUAGCCCAUACUGGAGUCCAGCAGAAGACCUUCAGUUUUUUUAGGGACCCACAAAUUCUUUCCUAUGUUCAGAGUGUCUGUAGGCUUUUGGGUUAUUAUGGAGAUUUCUAUUUAUUAACAGACCACUUCUUGACUCUGUAUCGAGCGCAGAAGUUGCCUGCGGUGAUUGUCCUGAAUCAGUUAGUACUAGGGGCUGCGGGGAUUGAUAUUGAAGCACUCAAUGGAGGUAGCCAAGCAAUGGAAUGCAGUGAACUCUUGGAUGCCAUACGCCCACUUUUGGAAGAGUACAUAGACCCUGCCAACUGGCAUCUUCUUACUUGUCGGGACAGUGAUGAAGUAGUAGAUCGGUUGGCAUUGCUUCGUGUUGGUGGACCAUCCAAACCAGCGAUUACUGACAUGACUGCUAAUGCUUGGAAGCUUUGUUUGCAAUUGGAAGGCAUAUCUUGCUUUGCCCAGGCCCUGGGCUCUAAAUUCCGCCCACUUCUUAUAUCUACUCUAUAUCCAGUGCUUGAAAAAGCUGGAGAUCCUUCCUUGAUGGUCAGUGAGGCAGCUAUGGUGGCCUUGAACAAUGUCAGCCGAGCAUGUGGCUACAAAGAUGUCAAUCAGUUGAUCGAACUCAAUGCAGAUUAUUUAGCAAGUGAAGUCUCUGUUGGUCUUCGACGCCUUCGCCAUGGGGGUGCUGCGCGGGUAUUACACGCUAUGUUGGAUAAUUGUGGGCCUAGCCUCCUGCCAUUGUUGAAUGAAUUGGUCCAGGAUCUACUUCCAGCAUUGGACCAGUCACAGAAUGACGGAGCCAAGAUCCUCUUUCCUGUGCUAAAUUCUCUCGUCACAAGAUUGGGUAAAUGGUUUCCUUUAGCGGGCAUUACUGCCCAGCCAGCACCCGGUGCAUCCAUUCCACACCAGAUGCAUGAUGGGAGCAUGGCACAGGAGAUUGCACAGUUCCUCCAGGACCAUAUAGAACAAUAUCGUGUAGCACAUGGAGAUGUGGAAGAAGAAGAGGCUGCAGAUGUGUUGACCCCUUCAGACGUCAUUAAUGAUGACCAGAAGCCGCCAUUGUCCACGCUUGUCCAGAUCUGCAAAGAAGUGGCUGAAAAAUGUACGCACUUCCUGUCACACAGUGACACACAGCUUCGUCUUCAGGCACUGGACACUUUGCAUCUGUCUUUAAUACCACUCCAUUCUCAAGAAGAUGUUCUUUUGCCACUUGCUCAUAAAAUCUGGCCAUGUCUAGUGAAAAGACUGUUACAGGAUGAGCCACUGGUUCUACUGCGAGCCUUCCAGAUGCUGGUGUCCCUUGCGGCAUCGUGCAGAGAUUUCAUCCGGCAGCGUGUGUGUAAAGACGCCCUCCCAGCCUUCCUGACGUCUCUCCGCUCUCAGGCUCUUGUUAGCUGCCAUGCUGGGCAUGUCUACAGCCACACUCUCGGCUUCAAGUUGCAGAAAGCUUUAUUGGAGGGUUUGGGGACGCUCUGUGUAGAUUUGGCUUUGGGUGACAGUGAUUUGUUGGAGGUGAUUGAUUCCUGUACGCUCUACCUUAGUGCAAGACAGCCCAAGCAGCUCCAGGAGGCUGCAAGCAGAACGUUACUUAGUCUUUCCCAGCUGGAUCCAGACAUUGUUUGGUUGCAUCUGUGUGAAUGGCAAAGCCCACCGGAAGUCCCGCACCCUUCUGUUGUCCCACUUUCUUGGACCUCCAAACCCCAUGAUGAAUAUACACAGAACGUCUGCAAACUACUACAACAGCUGCAUGGACUUUAGUCGGCAGCCGCAAAGAUGACGCUGUUGGCAUUAGCAUCCCCUCCAUGUCCCAAUGGGCACUUACUUGAAUGCAUUCACCAGCCACCUCUCUUUUCAACGGCAGGCCUGGAUUCUUCAAGCUUUAACCCCUUCUGUGCCUAAUUGUUAAGAUGCAUAAGUUUCUCCUAAUGCAUAAGUAGUCUUCUCCCCAUGGGAUAAUUCUCUCCAGUUGUGACUAGCUGCAUUCAAUAAACGAGUUGUAAUAU